AUGGAAGGCACAUAUUCCUCGGUACGGUUGCCAAGAUAUGUCGUAUUGCAAUCGCAAUACAAUUCUAAGUACUUGAGCUACAUCAAUGACAACACCCAGCUUCAUGGAUUUCUGAGGUUCUCUGGGAAGCAAGCUGUGAGCCCAUACGCAAAGUACGAAGUGGAGCGUGCAAAGAGUAGUGCCAACACGGGACUUGUGCACAUAAGAUGCAGCUACAACAACAAAUACUGGCGCAAGCAAUCGGAGAAUUCUCUUUGGAUUGCAGCCUUGGCUGAUGAAUCAAAUGAAAACCAUUCUGAUUGGUCAUGCACUUUGUUUGAGCCCGUCUACGUGAAUGGUCAAGAUGCUACUCAAGGCGUUCGCUUUCGUAGUGUUCAAAACAAGCACUAUGCAUGCUUGUGGCGAGCCGCAGAACCCUAUUCUUCCUGCUUGUAUGCAGGUUCAGAAUCUCCUAACAAUGAAUUGUGCGAUGUGUGCACAAUCAUUGAUUGGGAAACCUUGCUGGUAUUGCCUAAGCAUGUCGCCUUCAAGGGCGAUAACGGGAAAUACCUUACCGCUGCCUUCCAAGAGCGCCACCAAUACCUCCAGUUCUCAUCUGAUGACAUUGGAGCUCCAGGUGUGGGGAAUGAGGUGUUCAUUACCAGUAAUGGCAGCGUCGUCAUCAAGUCUGAUUAUUAUGGCAAAUUCUGGAGGCGCAGCCCUAAUUGGAUAUGGGCAGAUACUGAUCUUAAUAUUACUGAUCCAUCCUCCAUCGACAACACCAAGGUUAGCAAUGACUUGCUGUUUUGGCCCAUUAAACUUGGAGAUAAGGAGGUAGCUCUCCGCAACUUGGGUAACAACUACUUUUGCAAGAGGCUCACAACUGAGGGAAAGGAAAGCUGUCUGAAUGCAGGAGUGUCCACAAUUUCGAAGGAGGCUAGGCUUGAGGUCUCAGAAAUUGUUGUUUCAAGGGACAUCUACAAUGUUGAUUAUCGCCUUCUAGACUCGAGGAUCUAUAACCAGACUGCAAUCACAAUGGCCACCGGAAACGCCAUUAAUGACUCCCAAGAACCCAACACUGUAGACCUGAAGCUCAGCUACGUCGAGACUAAGACCACCACUUGGAACGCCGGUGUUUCCUUGAAGUUGGGUGCCAAAAUAACCUUUGAAACCGGGAUUCCCCAAAUCAUUGAUGGUAAGGUUGAACUAUCAGGUGAGUUUACGGGAACAUACACGUGGGGUAAAGCUGAGACAACCACCCAAACACUGGAAACCACAUACAAGGUUGCUGUUCCGGCUAGGACCAGAGUAAGAGUAAGUAUGCUUGCAACUAAGGGUUCAUGUAAUGUUCCUUUCUCCUACACUCAGCGUGAUACCCUUACCAAUGGGCAACAAGUUCCCUACUACAUGGACGAUGGUGUUUACACUGGCUUCAAUUCCUACAACUUCAAGUAUGAGACUAAAGAAGAAACACUGUGA